AAAAUAAAGGGGGUGUGGCUAAGCGAGAAAAGAGUGGACCACCAAGAGGGGCUACUAUAGUGUAGAGCGGGGAAGCUGCUGCUAAGCUGCUGAGAUCUAGUUCAAGUGAAUAAGCCACAUCCAGGGUAAUUAAAAAUGCCGUACCUGCUGAUGUUUGUCACCCUGCUGCAUCUCAUCACGCUGGCAAUACUGAUUAUUGCAACCAUGGAGAAGUCUUGGUGGGUGUGGGAAGGGAUGGAAAACUCAGACCUAUGGCACAGCUGCAGGUAUGACAACUCCACAGAAAGCUGGCUGUGUUCACCCAACACUGAAACUCAAUGGCUCCAGGCAGUGCAGGUCUUAAUGGUUCUCUCGGUGGUCUUCUCAUCGGUCUCCUUCCUGGUGUUCCUGGGUCUGCUGUUCACCAUGUCUAGGGGCGGUCUCUUCUACUUCACUGGACUGUGUCAAAUCUUUGGAGGCCUGACAGCCUUUUCUGCAGCGCUCAUCUACGCAAUACACAACAAGGAAAUCCUUGAAAAGAAGCUGACAGGACACUUUGGCUACUGCUUCAUCCUGGCUUGGGUGUGUGUCCCAUUGUUGCUGUGUAGCGGCGUCUUAUACAUCCAUCUGCGCAAGAAGUAGUGAUCUAAAAAAGGAACACAAUGUCAACCCCAUCUAUUGUUGGAAAGAGGCACGUGCCUAUGUUAUGUUUCUUAAAAUGUUGCUGAUGUUUUUAUUUGUGUAGACAUGUAUGCUGAGAGGAAAAAAAAAACUUAGGAUAUAAAAGGUUUAAUGCUUGCCUAUUUUGAGACAUUUUCACUGCAAAAAGUAUUUUGUUAUUCACUGUUACUGUUCACUGUCAUGUGCCAACCACAUAAAGUAAUCCAUAAGUAAGUGACACUGGCCUUAUUAAGAGACAUUUGAAUUUCUUUUAAUUUGCCUAUUCCCCUAAUAUUUUUUAUGUAUAAAUAUAUAUUCUUAAUAAAUAUCGGACAAAACCACAAA